CUCAGCUAUACACACAAAAAAAGCAAAGAAACAAAAUAUGGCCUCAGGAGUGUUUGGUCUUCCCAUUUCAGAGGAGACGGUGAGAGCCACUGGAGAGUAUAAGGAACCCAUUACCCAAAGAGAUGUUGCAGACUAUGCCAUGAAGAUGAUCAACGCCAAUGAAAAGGAUGUCAACGCACAAAAGUUCGUCGACAACCUCAAGGACAGAUACGGUAAUGGAAUAACUACAAAAUGCCUCAUCUACAAUGCCACCGGUGCCUCUCUGAAGUUCGUCACCUACAAAGAUUGGCACGGCCAUAUCUAUGAAACACCCUAUCCAUCAGAGAUUCAGAAUGGGCAGUGGGGGGCAUUCAUCCAUGUCCACCCAGCUGGAGCUGCGAGAGGUUCAGCUGGUGCCGCUGUGUAUCGUACCAAGAUACCCUCCAGCAGCAGCUCCUGCGAUUGGUUGUUCUCUUGGAGCAUCCCAUACAUCGGUGACAGCAGUGUGUACACCGAAAUCCGUGAGGAAGGGCACUUCCCUCCGCAUUGGGACUAUAUCUAUGAUGCGAGGCUGGAACGAUCAGGUCGCAGCUCCACUGAUAAUGGCUAUGGAUAUCAUUCCCAGACUGACAUCGGUGAAGGCACUACUGUUAACGCGCGUGCAGUUUUCAAGCUUCCAAACUGAAAUCUCGUUCCUAGCGGGCCUUGUGUGACGAGGAUGCCAGCGUGUUUCCCUCUCUUCAAUUUGUUGUCUUUCGUGGUGUAUUUUCAAGCUUUCGUUGGAAUAAGAUGACCAGAGAGAUGUAUGGUGUAAUUUU